AUGAAGGUCCGCUCGGCGCAGGCGAUCGCGCUGGACAGGUCCGAGGACCGCAAAAGGCAAAAGGGAACGUUGCGCGAGGCAGACGCUGACCCUCGACUCUCACCGCUGCUCGCCUUCAUCACCGAGGUCGUCGGCCCGCUCGGCGCGCCGUUCUGGCCAGCGAGCUCGGCCGCCGCCGCGCCUGCCGACAUUUCUGCCGCUCCCGACGAUCUCGAGGAAGGAGAGAUUGCUUUACCGCUUGGGAGCGAUGAGUCUGCCCAACCUGAAGCGGAGGCGCCGCGGGCCGCUGCGGGCGCCACCGGCACCAACGGCCUUCUGUCCAACGUCACGGUCAGCUCCAACUCGGGGAAGACAGUCUACUGGCAGUGCACGGUCUGCUCCGCCAGGUUCAGGGGUCGGCAGAGCCUCGCGGAUCACACGUUGGCCAAAAAGGACCCUCCGCAUCGGAGAGUGGCGGAGGCCGAUGAGUUUAUUCGGUCGUGCGCCGAGACCAAGGCCGCGCGGAAGGCACGUGACGCGGCGGCGGAUCUCGCCCGCGUCGAUGACCUCCUCGUGCAGCGCGGCCACUGCAAAACAAGGGGCGAAGCCGCGAGGCUCGUCCAGGCCGGGCGCGUGCUCACAAGAAAGGCAGCAGGGCAGCCCCAGGUCUUGGUCAAGGCCGUGGGCUUGAAGCUAGCGCACGACGCGCCCUUCUCCCUCUCCGACCCCGCGGCCAGCUGGGAAAGCGAGAUGGCCUUGGUCAACCGGCCUCUCAAGGCGCUCAUCGGGCACCGCGCGCAGGUUGCUGCCGGCGACGCGAGCGCUCCGCCCGCUCUUGCUGGCCCGCCCGUCGCCGAGGCGGCGGCCGGCGCGGAGGCCGUGGCGCUGGUGGCUGAAUCUGCCCCUCUCGCCGCGGCUCGCACAUCCCACCUCCCCGCCCUCCUCGCCUUCAUCGCAUCCCGCCCAGGCCAACGCCUCCGCGGCUCGUCCGGCAUCGCUGAGUUCUACAAGGCGCACCCAGAAGCCAAGGGCCAGCUCCCCAAGCUCGCCCAGCUCGCCGAACAAUGCCCGCAGAUAAAGAUCGAGGUCCUCAAAGCCGGCGAUCCCUGGCUCACGCUGGCAUCGCCUGCACCAUCCGCACCGCCCGCCAGCGCCCCUCAGCGCGGCGCAGCCGGAUCCGACCUGGCCCUCUUCGCCGCCGACUUGGACCUGGUGCGCCGAGCGGCUUGGUGCGAGGAGCGGAUUGGCGUUCCUCCCUCGGUGAUGACGGCCAAGACGGACCUCGCCCGCCGUGUCGACCUGCUGGAGCGCAGCCUCGGCGCGGCGAGCGAGGGCUCCCUCGCACUGCGGCUCGGCGCCAUCGAGCGCCUCAUCCAGCCCGAGGAGGCCGGCCGCGCAGGCAUCGAGCAGCACCGCGCGACGCGCACGGAGCUCAAGGCUGCCGACGCCGCUUACAACCAAAUAGGCCCUCCGCCGCUGCCUCGCGGCCCUCCCCCGUCGCCCUUCGAUGUCUUCCCGCCUCUCCCGCGCGGCCCGCCGCCGUUGGCGUCCCCGCACGCGCUGCCGCUCAACCCGCUGGCGACGCCAUUCUUUCCCAGCGCCGGCCUGUCGGUGGCGUCGUCGCGGCACCGCGCAAAGGUAAGUACCCACACAACGAGAACAAAAUAA